UCACCAGUCCAGUCAUACCACCCAGUUAUCCACAGUCUCUAGAAUCCAGUCACCAGUAAUUCAUAAUGACAGUCUGUAGUACCCAGGUCACCCAGUCACCAAUUCCCAGUAACUUAGUCACCGGUAUCCAGUCAGUCACUAAUAUUCAUUCAAUCAUCCACAGUCACCAGUUCUGUCACUGAUAUAGUAAAUAGUAAUCAACCCACAGUCACCAAAACACGUUCUCAGUUACCCCACAAGUUAAUUUCAACAUCUUCAUUUGUGGGUGAGAUGUUGACAAACUUCUUGUUGUUGUUGAACGUGUGAGAUAAGAGUGUAAUCUGGCACUUGCUGGUCUUUGAUUACUGGUCUGUAAUUGAGGUUGAGUAUCGACCACUUUACCUGCGUGACAACAGAUAUACAGUGACGGUGGCGGCAGUAAGUACCAGCUGUAAGUGACCGUUGUCUAGUAACAGUGACCCCGUGUGCUUAGUGACCCACCAAGGUUGAUAAACAGUAUUGGUGAUCAAAGGGAGAACCGUGAAGGUAGCAUGAGACGUCUCUUGCUGAGAAAAUUUACGCCAUAAUCACGGUUUCCACCCCAACCUACACACUACACCUUGUUCUUCCACACACCUGCAGGAGAGCACUAUGAGGCGUCUCUGUCCCCUUCUCAAGUCCUUCGGCCUCCUGGUGGUGGUUCUAGGAUUGCUGUCCCCCUCAUACGCCGUUCAGAAAUCCUACCUGUACCAUUUUGGAAUCGAAGCUGGAGACACCCAAUUGCUGAACGCAGACGAAAUAUCCUCACCGGAGAUUAAGUUGAGGGCGCCCAUCACAUUUUUCGGGCAGGUCUACAAUUCUAUAUUUGUCAAUGGUAAUGGCUUUGUCUCCUUCCUGACGGAGAUACCCAACUUCUUCAAUGUCCAGUUACCUCCCGAGUACCCCAUCAUCGCCCCCUUUUACUCCGACGUCGACACCAGGGGGGCAGGAAGUAUCUGGUACAGAGAGACAUCAGACCCAGGCACAGUGUCACGUGCCAAGUUUGAUCUGCAGCAGUACUUCACCAUUGCUGCAGACUUCCAACCUAAAGGUGUCUUCAUUGUCACCUGGGAUGGCGUGGGUCGUUACAACCAGCGGACAGAUAGGGUAAAUACGUAUCAGUUGGUUAUUGUGACUGACACACUGGAAACAUAUGUUAUGUUCCACUAUGCUGACAGUGGAAUCCAGUGGCUGCAGGGUGACGGCAAGAACCCCAGCAUAGCAGAUGCUAGGGGCCAGGCAGGCCUUGUCUCUGGUGAUGGAAGGCUCACCACUCUCAAAGGUUCUGGCACUGAUCAAGUUAGGAGUCUUGACAAAUGGAGUAACUGUGGUAAUCCAGGAGUGUGGAUGUUUCGUAUUGGACAGUUGAGUUUGGACCAGAAUGUACAGUUACCAGAUCUUGGCAUCAGUGACAGCAUAAGCCAGGGAGUUGAGGAAGCCCAGUCAUGUGGUGUAGGAGGAUCCAUUUGCCAUUCCAACUCCAUCUGCACCGAUUACUCACCAGGAUUUUGCUGCAGCUGUAAAGAUGAUUACUUUGGCAAUGGCAUUAAUUGUGUUCUUAAGGAGGAGCCCCUGCGUGUUACUGGGAAGGUAAUUGGAAACAUCAACGGUGUGGAACUAGAGGACUCCGACCUCCACGCUUAUGUGCUGACAGCAGAGGGCCGUAGCUACACUGCCAUUUCUAGGAUACCAUCUCAGAUCGGUUAUGACUUGCAGAGUAUUACAUCGCUUGGUGCUGGCAUUGCUUGGUUGUUUGCCAAACCUAUUGAAGACAUCCCCAAUGGAUUCUUCACAACAGGUGGUGUACUAAAUCGUACUGUAGAGGUGGAUUACCCCCAGACAGGUCAUCAUGUUGUCAUCCAGCAGCAUUUUGAAGGUUUAGAUGUUUUCAACAAUAUACAAGUCAAGACUCAAAUUACGGGAUCAGUGCCGACAGUUCCCCUGGGAUCCAAGAUUGAGAUGGAAGCCUUCAGUGAGGAGUACACCAGAGUAAAGCUAGGUCAGCAGAGGGCACGGUCUAGUCGCAUAUUCCGUUUGAAGGGACAAAACAUUGACACUCCUUUCUCUGUGGAGACCACCAUUGACUACAAUGAAUGUACUUGGAGGACUCGAGGGCCAAGUGAACAAGAUACACUGCGGCUCAAGGUGGCUGAGAAUAUCUUCAUUCAGUAUGAUGCUCCUGAAGAGAUUGUCCGCUAUGCACUCUCAGCAAAGGUGGCUUCUCUUGAGGAGGUUGACCCGUGUGUUGAGGGGCGACAGGAGUGUGGACAAAACAGCCAGUGUGUUGUUGAUGGAGACACUUUCAGAUGUGUAUGUGAACGAGGAUAUGAGGAAUUGUAUGAUGCAACGCUCAACGAGGAGAUUUGUUUGGAUAUGAACGAAUGUGACACAGGACGAGACAACUGCCACUUUGAUGCCACCUGUGUCAAUAACCCUGGGAGCUUCACUUGUUUAUGUAAUCCUGGGUUCACUGGAGAUGGGGUCGUCUGUGAAAGAGCAGCCAGCUGUGAUGGCAUCCCAUGUGACCCUAAUGCUGUGUGUGAACUUCGUUCUGCUGCUCCUCAGUGUAUUUGCCUCCCUGGAUUUAGUGGAGAUGGCCUCAUAUGUACAAAGGAUUCUGGUGAGUCAGCAGUAGUCCAGCAACGUGACUGUUUGGAGGAAGAUACUUGCAGUCCUUAUGCUAAUUGUGCAUAUGAUGAUAGUACCAGGAGCUUCCGUUGUAUGUGUUUCUCGGGCUACAGUGGAGAUGGACAGACUUGUAACCCAACUGCUGAGCAACCAGAGAGCUGUGGGACAGCGAGAAAUUGCUCACCAUAUGGCGUGUGCACAAGAACAGAAGAUGGAUACAGAUGUGAUUGUCUCCCAGGAUUCUCAGGUGAUGGUUACACCUGCGAUGCUUCUGACUCAAUUGUACCACCCUAUCAACCUCAGCCUCCAUAUCAACCAUAUCAUCCUGAAGAGCCUUAUCAACCAGAACAACCACAUCAACCAGAAGAGCCAUAUCAACCAGAACAACCCUAUCAACCAGAACAACCCUAUCAACCUGAACAACCCUAUCAACCAGAACUACCCUAUCAACCAGAACAACCCUAUCAACCGGAACAGCCAUAUCAACCAGAGGAUCCAUAUCAACCAGAGGAUCCAUAUCAACCAGAGGAUCCAUAUCAACCAGAGGAUCCAUAUCAACCAGAGGAUCCAUAUCAACCAGAACAGCCAUACCAGCCGGAGCAGCCCCAUGAACCGGAUCAACCUCAGGAUCCAACAAAGUUGUCAGAACCAGAGUGUCUGUUUGGUGUGUGUUGGUGCCCAGGAACCCUCCAUUUCAACACUCAACUCAACCUUUGUGAACUACCAGAUGAAGCUUCUUCACUGAUUGGAGGUGGCAGUGAGGAGACCCCAAGACCAUAUUGUGGCUCGGCAAAAUGCAGCUGUCCUGAUCAUUACAAAUACAAUGCUGCUCUUCACAGCUGUGAUGUUUUACCAAGUGUGGAAGGACGGCCGUUGCCAGUUUGUUUCUUGGGCAAGUGUUCCUGCCCAUUGGGCUACAUCUAUGACUACAACCACCAUGACUGUCAACCCAGCAACAAGCCUGGCCACGACUACACAAUAAAGGGACCAGGACAAACUGGUAAUGUCCACACACCAGUAAUAAUUACUAUACAUUUGCUAUAUGUUCUAACAUGCAAUAAUUUUUUGAUUGUCAAUAGCUGCCAUCCCAAUGCACAGUGUAUAUAUGACAGCUACACCCAGACAUAUUCCUGCCAGUGUGAUGUUGGGUAUGAAGGAGAUGGAUACUACUGCAAUGAACUUGAUAUGUCGUGUGAUAAGGUAUCCAUCUGCCAUAUCCAUGCCCAGUGUCUCUUUGAUGACUUCGCACUCCAGCAUGUGUGUGUCUGCCUGGACGGUUACCAAGGUGAUGGCCUGGUCUGCACACCACAAGAUGAGUGCAGCAGUGUUCUGGACUGUGACACCAAUGCUCAGUGUCUGUAUGAGAGUAAAAGCCAGCGUUACAAGUGUGAGUGUAAUGAUGGUUAUGAGGGAGAUGGACGCAUAUGUAAUCCACGUGGAGAAGCAAGCUGUAACAUCAUCAACAACUGUGAUGUAAAUGCCAACUGCAUAUACUCAACAUACUCUCUGAAGUACCGUUGCCAGUGCCGUGAUGGUUAUGAAGGUGAUGGCAGUUUUUGUACACCUACUCAGGUUGGCUGUAAUGUUGUUUACAAUUGUGGGGACAAUGCUGAGUGUUCCUAUGAUCGGACUGCUCAAAAAGCAGCCAUACUAGGAAAAUAUUUCUCCUUUCACUUUUAUUAUUUAUUUGUAUUAAUCAGAGCUGGGUUUUUUCAUAAGGGCUUCCAAGGUGAUGGAUUCUUCUGUCAUUCUUCAAGAUCCUGUCAGUCCGAUCUUUCUGUGUGUCAUCCACAAGCUGUUUGUCUGCCAGAUGACGUCUCAGCCUUUGGUUACAAGUGCAGCUGUCGAGAUGGUUUUACAGGAGAUGGAUAUAAUUGUCAAGAGGCACCAGAUCAUGAGAAGAACCUGCUACUUCUCAACCAGGGGCUGUCUGUCCUUCGUAUGCCUGUUGAUAUACGUUCUGGAGGAGGUCACCCUAUCCACGUUGAUCCUUUUAUGAUAGCUGUGGGUGCUGAUGUUGACUGCCUGGCUGGCCGUUACUACUGGACAGAUGUCAGGUCAUCAUCCAUUCGAUCUUCAAAGUAUGAUGGCUUUGAGAGGAAGCCCGUAGUCACAGGAGAUAACAUUGGAUCCCCUGAAGAUGUUGCUGUUGACUGGGUGUCUGGAAAUGUGUACUGGACUGAUUCUGUAAAUGACGUUGUAUCUGUGGCAUCCAUAAAGGAAAGAAAAUACCGUGUAGUUAUAGAGGAUGGACUAAUCAAUCCCCGUGGUAUUGCUGUACAUCCAGGUCUAGGACUCUUGUUUUGGAGUGACUGGAAUCGCGGAGGUCCAAAGAUUGAGGUGUCGGGACUGGAUGGAUCAAAUCGACGAGUGCUUGUUGACCAAGAUAUUGGACUGCCAAACUCCUUGGUAGUGGAAUAUGACACAGAAACUCUCUGCUGGGCUGAUGCUGGGACACACAAGAUUGAGUGUAUUGGGAUAAACGGUGGUGGGCGACGGGUGGUGAUGCAAGGCGCUCAAUAUCCAUUUGGCCUUGCUCGUCUAGGUGAAGAGUUCUUCUACACUGACUGGAAUGACUCAAAGAUCCAUAGUGUGAAUCGGUACUCUGGCCUAGAGUCAUCUAUUAGAGCACCUCCUCCGGGAGGAUCUGGCAAAUUGUAUGGCAUUGUUGCAGUUCCCCCCACAUGUCCACCAGUGUCCAAUGUGUGUGCAGUUAGUCAUGGAGGAUGUCCUACAACCCACUUGUGUCUCCCUAAUGGUCGGGGGGGUCGCACUUGUGCUUGCAGUGACCUUGCUGUGCAGGAUGAGGAAAACCCUUGUGUCGACUACAAUUAUUGAGUGCUCUAAGGUGACUGUAACUGUUUUGGUGAAUUUUAAUUGUUUAAUUGAAUGAAUUAGCUAAGAAAUAUCGUGAAAAUAUAGAUGACUUAAAAUUAGGCAUGACUAGACUUGCUAAAAACACUAAGUGGCCUUAUUGAUAAGUGCUAUCAUGUUGCCAAACAUAACUAUUCUUGUUAAACUAAACUGACAAUUAGUGACUGACUAAAGCUGGUAACAACCACAAAUGUAUCUUGGCUAAUGAAAUGCUGGUUGACUUAAGCUGAUGGCAAUUUAAGGAUGAUGAAAACUUAUGACAACCAUGGAUUUACUCCAGUUGGUAGUAACCAUAAGUUGACUGAAACGAAUAGGAUUAUUUAUGCAGAUGACAAAAUUUAUGUUACUUGUUCAACUUAGUUUAUAUUAGCUGUUGGUUGAGAUUAUUUUUACUCUUGGACAAACAAUUUGGCUUCAUGUACAGGAUUUUUAACAAAUAUUUUAUGAUUAAACUGGCUAUAAAUUUUAGGUAACAAAAGGACUCAUGUUCUAAGCUGCACAUCAAAUGAGCUGUGUUGCCUCAACUCAAUAAACUGCCAAUCAGGCUGCAAACUUUACUGACUAAAAACUGACCAAGAGCGAUGUACCAGGGCAUUAUGUAAGCAAAUCUUAACUACUGAUACAUGUUAAAUUCCUUGAUCAGUGGCCGUUGUUGGUGAAAAAUGAUUUUGGUCAUAAAUACAUGAAGAGGUGUACAGUUGCAGUCAAAAGUAAUCAUCCACCCCUACCACUACCAUACCUGCGAGCUCAAGGCCUUUCUACACGACAGGUCACAAGAGGGUGGGGGAGAGCUAGAGUUGAUGGAUCCGGGUAAGGUAGGAGGGCAUAAGUCAACUGCCACAGACGUAGUGAGAGUUUAUGUGGUCUUGUUAUCCUUAACACCUGAAGAAGAUGUUAAGGCUGGUGGCUGUAGCUUGAUGUUGACGGUUUUAAUGACCCUGGCAGCUGAUAGGCCUAAAGCCCAACCAGCCAACCAGAGUUAAGUCCAAAUAACACCUCCCCUUCACCAUUUCGGAUGGGUGGUGAAGGGGAGGUGUCAUUUGGACUUAAAUUUCCCUUAGUUAUCUAUGCCUUUAUUUGACAUUCUGGGGAAGAAUGCACGUGAGGUUUUUGCAGGUAAUGUGUCAUUAGUGUUGACAAGACAUCUGACUUCUGCAAGGAAAAACCUCUGAUAUGACAACAUAAGAGAGAAGGGGGUGUGGCUUGCUCACCACCAGUAACACUAAACUAGGCUGUUAUACUUGAUCACUUCCACCUCUCGCCACUACUGUUCUUGAAAAAAAAAUCACUAAAAAAUUAAGAAUGAAUUGUUGGAUAGAUUGUGACUUGUCCACC